AUGUCGUGUAUGCCUUGGUUGCCAGAGGCACGGUGGUUCUGGCGGAGUUCAGUGCCGUCACCGGCAACACAGGCGCCGUCGCUCGUCGGUUACUCGAGAAGCUUCCUACCGAAUCGGAUUCCAGACUUUGCUUCUCUCAAGAUAGAUAUAUCUUCCACAUACUCCGAUCCGAUGGCCUCGCGUACCUUUGUAUGGCCAACGACACCUUCGGAAGAUCAGGCACCUGAUAUUGAUGUGCUUCUUGCUGAUGCUGAUGGGACAUUCCAUUCAAUCAAGGCUUUGAGCCAAAGUGAUGGAAGAUGGCGCUACAGUUCUGAUAAUCCAGAAUCUAGUACCUAUGCUGCUGGAUUAGCACUUGAAGCAUUGGCGGGAGUCAUCUCAUUAGCAUCUUCUGAAAUUGACCAGUCUAGGGUAAAUACGGUGAAAAGUGAUAUAUUUAAGCUCUUUGACAGCAUCCAGAAAUAUGGUGGAAAAGGCAUGUAUGUUCUGACAUACAGUUUUUUGCUGCAGAUUCGUCCAAUUGAUAAGAAACAGCAAUACCAGAUCCAGAAAGUUAUUAAAGCGAGUGAAAGUGCAACAAGUAAUGCCAAUGAGAAGGUGCCGGCUGCAUCUGAUAAGAGUGCCGGCAAUCUGAUACUCAACAUGCUUCUCCAUCACCUCUCACCUAAUAGUUUUCACAUGGGAAGAACUCUCUUGCACCACACCAUCAUUUGCAACAAUGAAAGAGCAUUGAAUGUACUUCUGAAUAAUGGGGUUGAUACAGAAUUGGCCCUUCAAACUACUGAAGAAGAAACCAAUCUAUACCCUAUUCACAUGGCUGCACGCCUCGGACUAUGCAACAUUCUUCAAUGUUUGAUUAAUGGUAACUGUAACUUGGACUCGCAAACAAAACUUGGUGACACGGCGUUGAUGGUUUGCACAAGGUAUAAACAUGAGAAGUGUCUAAGAGUUUUAGUAUCAUCAGGAGCUGAUUUGGGGAUAGUAAAUUCGUUUGGUCAUUGCGCAACUUCAACAGCAACUUCUAUUCAUUGGACUAAAGAAUAUCAGAAAGCAGUUUUGGAUAUAAUUAGGUGA